UUCCCUGCAAGGAAAAAAAGGCAAAAGAAGGCCAAAGGCUACAAAAACUGGAGUGUUUCCAACUUCCAAUUCCCUCAGGACGUUUUUUUUCUCACCUCGGCUUCAAGAAGGAACCACAUGUGAAGACUGAUGGGGCAAGAGCUCAGCAUUGCUUACCAGAGAAUCGGCUCAGAUGCAUCACCGCAGAGACUCCACAUCCCAGUAGGAGCGAGACGGAGGUAGAGAACCAGAGAGAAAGUGAGAGGGAAUCUGAGUAAUUUCCAUCCACUCCCCCCUUCCCACAUCGGGACCUUCUUCAGUUGCCCUCUACUACCCCCCGUGGGACAGGAAGCGUGAAAAAUCUCACUAAUGGGUUUAUUUGCUGUCAGCUCAGCGACGACCUGUCAUUUCCCAGGACCACUCCACACUUGACACAUUUCAUAGUUGAGUAAGCUUUGCUUUGUUUUUGCCCUUGCUUCACACUGCUGGCUGUUGAGAAGAUCAAGACCAGACUGAGGUAUCAGGUGGAGCAGACAAGUCCCUUAAUCACUUUGCCUGCCUAUUACAGUAUUUUUCUUCUAGUGAGGUCAAGCGUGUGGGACGUCUCGCUGUUCCUUUGUAUUUCUCCAAGUCGAGAACUUCCCGCAGUGAGAAAGAGUCUGCUUUCUGACCCAACUACGGUGUCCUGGCUGGUGGGCUGAAGAUGCGUUGCUGGCUGCUAGCCGUGGUGACGGUAGUGCUCUGGAGCCAGUGCAUCCUUCUAGGGUGGGCUGAGGCCAGGAAGACGCGUAAGAGGCCGAAGGAGCUCGCUCCGCAGCACACCGAAGCAUUCAACACCACUCUUUCCAACAGCGAGGAGCUGGAUGGCAGCACAAAGCAGGUCAGUGAAAACCAGAGAGUGGACCCUCUUGGAUCAUGGAUGGAUUUCGUGAAGAGACCUGUGGGCAGCUUUCCCGGAAAAUGCCGAAAGCGAAAACGACCGCUGCCUGGUCCCCCGGGCCCUCCUGGGCCUCCAGGGCCUCAGGGACCCCCGGGAUCUCCUGGGGCAGAGGUCACACAAGAGGUCCUGCUGCGAGAGUUCAAAGAAAUGAUCAAAGAGGCCACAGAGAGGCGAGCAGCAGUGGACAGGCCCAACGAACCCAGUCAGCUGCCCACGGCUCUGAUUACACUAGAGAGUAUGACCUCCUACAGGAGAAUCGAGGAAGCCUUCCACUGCAAACUGAAAGGCCCUGUCGUCGUGGACAAAAAGACUCUGGCUGAACUGCAGAACUUUCAGACACCUCCUGCCAAAGGUGCCUUCCUCAGAGGGACGGGGAUGGACCAGUCCACUGGACGAUUUACAGCUCCUGUAACUGGAAUUUAUCAGUUCUCUGCCAAUGUUCAUAUUGACCACACUGAGGUGAAGAAAAGUAAGAACCAGCUGAGAGCCAGAGACAAUGUCCGAGUUUUGAUCUGCAUUGAAUCACUCUGCCACAGAUAUACCUCCUUGGAAAUGAUUGUUGGCCUUGAGAGUAACAGCAAGAUAUUUACAGUAUCUGUCCAUGGACUGCUGGAACUUCAGGCCGGUCAGUACACCUCCAUAUUUGUGGACAAUGCAGCUGGAGCAUCGAUCACAAUACAGAACGGUUCAGAUUUCAUGGGCAUGUUGUUGGGGGUAUAGCCUCGUUUUACAGCCAGACUAUAUCUGGCAGGCCACGUAAGACUGCACAGCUCCUCUUUGGACUAUCACCCAGCACCAUAUAUCCUCAUGAGACAAUAUAUGACUGCUAUAAAGCUCUGGGCUUGUUUGUGGACAAGAAAUGGACAUAUGAAAACCCACAAAGCAGAGACAGUUGGACGCAAAACUGAAAGACUUUACUGAGGACAGUCGAUCCACAUCUGCCUCUCUCAGAGGUUUUUACCUCUUCAGAAAGAUCGGUUCUCACUGUUUCCACUUACCAUGUCCUAUUUUGUGAUUUAUAGAUGUAUACAAAGAGAUUUUUGUACUUUGACAUUGUGUUGUUAUGUCUUUCCUCUUAAUUAAUAGUGUUUAUAUACAGAAUGUUUAUAUACACAGUUUGUUUUCUACGGUGAGAGGUUUUUUACAAUACCAGAGCUAAACUAAGAUUUAUUUUUUGGAAGGAAUAUUUCACUGCGAAAUGAAAAUUUGUUGAAAAUUUACAUACCCACAGGCUAUCCAAGAUUGGUUUUCUUUUCAUCAAAACAGAUUUGGAGAAAUUUAGCAUUACAUCACUUGCAAUGGAUCCUUCGCAGUGAAUGGGUGCCAUCAGAAUGAGAGUCCAAACAGCUGAUAAAAACAAAUCUAUCAUUUAGACUUCAAACCGUUGCUUCCGCCUAAAAUACACCAUCUCGUCUGAGUCAGGAGAGAAAUAUACACAAAUCUAGCACUGUUUACAAACGAAAACCAUUCUAAACAAAUAUGUCGGUGAAUUUUGAUGUGAGAGGACAACAGAGGAUGGAUUUUUCACUGAAUGAAAUGUUAUUAUGAUGGAAAAGUAUCGUGUGGGUUACUGUGAUGUUUCUAUCAGCUGUUGACGGCACCCAUUCACUGCAGAGGAACCACUGGUGAGAAAAUGUAAUGCUAAAUUUCUCAAAAUCUGAUUUGAUGAAGAAACAACUCGUCUGACCUCGAUUUUUCAUUUUUGUGUGAACUAUUCCUUUUUUAUGACCUUUCAGAGGUGUUACACAAACUCCGCACCUCCUCUUGUGCAUACAUGCCUCUAUUUUUAAAUAUAACAAGCUAGGCAAAGUUUUAUUUACUAUGCAUCUCAGAAAAGCAUGUUGUAGUGACUUGAUUAUUGAUAAAAGAACAGAUUUUCCAUUAUACUCGGCCAAAAGAAGGAAACAGCCAAAUACAAGAAAAGAAACAAGAUGAAUGACUCAGUCUAUUUUUACGUCCAACAGCUAACAGUCCUAAACAAUAGCGUUUAUCAAGGAGUGUGUGUGGAUGUGUGUUUGGAAAGCUGCUGCCAUGAUCGAUUAGACAUGUUAGAGUCCUGCUGAGUUUUCAUUUUGUUUACUGCAAUGCCAAAUACGUCAUCUGAAUGCUCUGUUUUUUACGUCUCCAUGAAAGUUUAUUCUUGCUUUCUUUCAGAUGUGUUGCUCAAAUGUCUCCUUUGUUACUAACAGAAAUUAAGAUGCACAUAUAUAUUAGCAUAUGUACAUUUUUACAUACAAAUUAUUUAUGUUUAAAUGUAUCUGCCAAUUAAAACAGAUUUAUUUUUUUAAUUGGCUUCCAGCCUUCCAGUAGAUCUCAAUACAAGUGAAAAUAAUGUAAGUGAACCUGUUUAAACAUACAGUAUUUGCUUGUAUUGUGGUGUAAUGGAAAUGAAACUAUAUUCAAUAAAUGUAAAAUCUAUCUAUUCA